CUGUCAUAUUAAUGAAGCGUCUGCUGAGCAGAGUUAUCACACCGUCUUCUUGCUGCGUCUUCUGCAAACCUCAGUAAUAAGGGAUGAAGGUUCGUCUUCUGUAUUUGUGCCUUCUGGCUUCAGCUUUAGCUCUGACUGUGAGAUGUAAGCCUCAUGGAAAGCAUGAACCUCACAGAGAACAGUCUCAGUCUUCUAAGGAAAAGAGUUCCCCAGUCGUGCAUGAUGGCAAUGGCGCCACCCUACCAACCUUCUUCCCGUUUGAGGCCAGCAGUCCAGAACCAGAGGACGAGGCCGAGCCAGCGGACAGUUCUGAUGGAGAUGAGAGGGCCACCCCUGUCCUUCUGAGUGAAGAAGCUCUCACUAAACUCCUACAGGCUUCUGAGGAUGAACAGCAGCAGGCUGUGGAAGAAGACAAGGAAGAUGAAGAUGAAGGAAAAGAAGAAGAAAGAGAAUUGAAGGAAGCGAAGGAAGAGAUCAGAGAGGAAUCUAAGGUUAAUGGUGGAGAAGGAGGAACAAAAGAGGUGGUGGAGGAGCUGGGAAGCAGCACAGACUCCGAGAUACCAGUAGAUCUGGACUAUGCUGCUGAUGGAGAAGCUGGUGUAGAGCCUCUACCCACCAAACUAGAAGACUCUGAACCUUCAGACAUUAAAGCUGUUGAAGAACAAAAGGUGGAGAAGAUGGACAAUGAACUUCCCACAGCCAUGGAGGACUACGAUUCCCAGCAGCCCUCAGCAACAGAUGACCAAGAAACCAAAGAAUCAAGCCAAGAGCAGCAAAGUGAUGAACCUCUGCCCACAGAGACGCCAAAAGACGAGCAGAUGGAGACAUUUCAGGACAUGGACAGGGACCAAAACACUGCUGAUGAAGACAACACUCUUCCCAAUGAAAAAGAAGUAGAAACAAAUGCUAAUAAGGGUAAAGGUCGUAAGCAGAAGAAGAGCCAACGACAGAGGAACAUGCAGAGCGACCAGCCCCCAAUGGCCGAAGGUCCAUCAGAGCACGAUCAGACCCAAGAGAAAGAGCCGGAAAGCUCGGAAGGUGCUCUGCAGAAAGCUAAGAGGAGGAAAAACGGGAAGUGGUCCUCUCUGGUAGGUAUUAACCCGGUGCAGAUUCGGGCCACAGUGGAGCUGUUCCCCAGACCCAGGCCAGUGGUUCGGGCUGCGCUGGGGGCAGAUGGUCAGGAAGCUCCAGCCGACCCGUGUGAGAACUUCCGCUGUAAGCGAGGGAAGACAUGCAAGCUGAAUGAGGAGAAGAAGCCGACCUGUGUGUGUCAGGAUCCUGCAGAGUGUCCUCCAGGCUUCACAGAGUUUGAUCACGUUUGUGGAACCGACAACCAGACAUAUGAUACAUCCUGCCAGUUGUUUGCCACCAAGUGCGGCCUUGAAGGCACAAAGAAAGGCCACAGGCUGCACCUGGACUAUACCGGCUCCUGUAAAUUUAUUCCACCAUGUUUGAGCUCAGAGCUGCUGCAGUUUCCGCUCCGUAUGAGAGACUGGCUGAAGAACGUUCUGCUGCAGCUCUACGAGCACGACUCCGUUACUCCAGGCUUCCUCACGGCCAAGCAGAGACUCAGGGUUCAGAAGCUGUAUGAGAGUGAGCGGCGUCUCCAUGCAGGUCAUCACUCCAUCGAGCUGCUGGCUCAGGACUUCGAGAAAAACUACCACAUGUACAUCUACCCGGUCCACUGGCAGUUCGCCCAAAUGGAUCAGCAUCCGUCAGACAGGUUUCUGACUCACUCUGAGUUGUCUCCUCUGCGGGUUCCUCUGGUUCCCAUGGAGCAUUGCACUUCAGUCUUCUUCCAGGAAUGUGAUGCUGACAAGGACAAGCUGGUCUCCUUCAGGGAGUGGUGCCAGUGUUUCGGCAUCAAGGACGAGGACAUGGACACCAAGCUGCUGUUCUAAGAUGAUGAAGUGCUGGACCUCAGCUUCAGACCUUCACCUCCAGCAGACUGACCUUCAGAGGAGCUCCGGCAGCAGGAGGCGUCUCCUCUGUUCCCACAAACAAAUGAGCCUGUAGGUUAAACUGUUCUGAGAGAAUAAUGAGUGUAGCGUCUGCUUCUCCAGUUACGUCUGCAUCUUUAAACCAAGGAUACGCAUGAUUCGUCUACGGCUGCGUGGGAAAGGAAGAAAGAGAACGUGAGAAUGAUGAUGUUUAUGUGUUUAGAUGGAGGAGGAACAGUGAUCAGUAGUUAAUACACAGAUCAUUCUUUUUUAUUGUCGUUUUUAACCAUUAGUAACUGAAAAGUUGUGUGUUUUAAUGCAUUCCAGCAGGGGAUAAGUUUACACAUAGUGCAUAGUAGUUGAUGGAACUGUCAAAUUAUGUUUAAUGAUUUUGGAUUUUGGAUUUUUUUUAGUGCUAAAAUAAAAGAAGAUGGCCUUUAAAAAGGUGUUACUUAGUUUAAAAUGUGAAACUCAUAUAUCAUAUAGAUAAAAAAAAAAACAAAAAUCAGUGUCUCAGAAAAUUUGAAUAUUAUAUAAGAUUAUAUAAGAGAAUUGGUACUUUUGGCAGUGUGGGCAGUGUGCCAAGUCCUGCUGGAAAAUGAAAUCCGCAAGUAAGAUAAGCAGUUUGGACAGUGUGUCUUAUAAAUUCUGUAUAAAUUAGAAUAUUAUAUAAGACCAAUUGGUACUUUUGGCAGCGUGGGCAGUGUGCCAAGUCCUGCUGGAAAAUGAAAUCCGCAAUUUGAUUAAAAAUGUUAAAAAAACGUAUUUGGUGCUAAAAUAAAAGAAGAUGGCCUUCAGAAAAGUGUUAGUCAGUUCACAAUGUGAAACUCACAUAUCAUAUAGAUGAAAAAAAACAAAAAUCAGUGUCUCAGAAAAUUUGAAUAUUAUAUAAGACCAAUUUGUACUUUUGGCGUUGUGGGCAGUGUGCCAAAUCCUGCUGGAAAAUGAAAUCUACAAUUAAGAUUUUGGAUCAAAUGAUGUUUAAUGAUUUUGGAUUUUGGAUUUAUUUAGUGCUAAAAUAAAAGAAGAUGGCCUUCAGAAAAGUGUUACUUAGUUCAAAAUGUGAAACUCACAUAUCAUAUAGAUGAAAACCCAAAAAUCAGUGUCUCAAAAAAUUAGAAUAUUAUAUAAGACCAAUUGGUACUUUUGGCAGUGUGGGCAGUGUGCCAAAUCCUGCUGGAAAAUAAAAUCCGCAACUAAGAUUUUGGAUCAAAAUAUGUUUAAUGAUUUUGGAUUUCAAAACAUUAAAAAAACGUAUUUGGUACUGAAAUAAUAAAAGACGGCCUUCAGAAAAGUAUUACUCUUUUAAUAAAGUGGGUUCUUUAUGGGUUCUCCAGUUCCUAUAUCCUAUAUACAGUAGAAAUAUACCAAUUUAAAUAACCUUUUAAAGGCAAAAAGUAAUGUUUCUGUGUGUUUUUUUAGAUGGUUUUGUACAUGGUUCUUUGUAUAGAACCAAAAAUCACCCAUUGAAGCAUCAUGAUUAUGAAUCACUCUAAAUUAACCCUUUCCAGUACUCUAUAGAACCCGCCUGAUUAGGGUGUAGGUAGGAUAGUAUAGUAUAGAUGUUAAUAUGUGUGUAAUAUAAGUGUUUUCUCUCAGUAGAUGACCCUGUAAAAUAAACAUGAACAUAUUGAUCACUUUUUGAAAAUAAAUCUAUUACAUUAUUAACACCUUUAAUAAAAUUCCCUAUAAAAUCA